AAUUGUUUGCGUUACAACAUACGCGCAUAUUAAAGACAAAUCGUGUUAGCUUAGAAAUGUCUAUAAAUGAUCGAGAGUUCCUUCAUUUUACUAUGAAUCAAUUCUCCUAUUGUUUGACCACAAGCGAAGUAUAUACAUAUCUAUAUACCUCGUCUGUGAUGCAGUUAUAAAAUCCUGUGCCUCAUUUGCAAUCAUACGAUAUCCUGUACCAUACUUAUAAUUUCAUAGGUACGUUUAAUUUUAAGUGCAAUCACUGCUAUAUAAUAUUGUCAUCUUAUUGUACACUGAAUCGGUAACGUUGGAAGUGACACGAAAAUACAUUCGGUCUAUCCGUCUGUGACCUGACGUACCAAGAAUUAAUGCCUCUGUUUUUCCAAAUGAGUUUGUAAAAUGUAAUUUCAUUGUGAAACUAGAGAAAUAAUGACCUAAAAUUAAAGGAGCACACUUGAGAAAUCUGUCUUGAGGAAUAACUUUCACCUCUAAUAAUCAACAUAUCUGGUGCAUAAAGGGAUCAUCUUACAAAAUAUAUGAUUUCUAUGCAGAAUAUUUAUUGAGUUAUCAUCUUUUUCAAGUGUACUUCAAAUAUUAAUUCAAUAUGUCGGACAUUGAAGAAGAUGAGUUUCAAGAUGCUCAAGACGCUCAAGAUGAUCAAGAUGCUCAAGAUGCCCGAAAUGCUCAAGAAACCAUACCGCAGCAUACUUCUAUGGAUCUGGAUACAGCAAUAAUGGAUGCAAAGAAAGCAACAUAUUAUUUUUUUAAUAAUGAUUUCGAAUCAGCAAGGAAAAUUAUGGAGCCUUGGGCAAGCAGUAGCAUGUACCAUUCUUUGGGAACGAGCGUAUUCGCAAGCAUCGAGGCUUUCCUUACCUUUGACCAAAAAUUCAUUGACAAGGCAGCUGGACUUAUAAAGCAAUGCAUGAGCGUAUGCUCGAAACAGCGUAAACAUGUCACACUAACGCAAAAUAUUGGCAAAAUGGUGAAGAAGACUAAUUACGAUGAUUAUACAACUGAGGAGGUGCAUGCAGAACUCUGUUAUGCCGAGUCACUCCUUUUAAGAGCGUUGCUCACGUUUGUGGAGUAUGAGAGUUUCGUCAGCUUUGUCAAGGGUGGAUUGAAAAUUCGUACCUGCUUUCUAUCGUACAAGGAAUGUAUGACAAUUUUAAAUAGUCGUAAGUGGGAAAGUCAAGAGCAUAAAAUACAUUUUGAAAGCGGUGUUCGCACGGGCAUUGGUGCAUUUAAUUUGAUGAUCUCGCUAUUGCCACCAAAAAUAAUUAAACUGUUAGAAUUCGUUGGAUUUUCGGGGGAUAAGGAGUAUGGGUUGUCAGAAUUAGAAGCAGGGUAUGGCGAAAGAAGAGGAUUACGACACGUGUUGUGUGCAAUAUUUCUUUUAUCUUAUAACUUAUUAAUAUCGUUCACUCUGGGUCAUCACGACGGUGAUCUAGACUGGUGCGAAAAAGCUUUGGAAAAAGAACUAAGUCAUUGUCCAAACGGUGUAUUGUUUUUAUUUUUCAAGGGGAGAUAUGAAUUAACAAGAGGGAAUUUUGAGAAUGCUAUAGACUGGUACAUCAAGUCUUGGAAAAGCCAGGAUUUAUGGCCUGAAUUUCAUGACAUUUGUUAUUGGGAACUAAUGUGGUCGCAUUGUUCGCUACAGCAAUGGGACGAAGCUGCGACGUUUGCUCAUACUUUAAUGAAGAACUCAAAUUGGUCACGUACUAUUUACGUGUAUAACAAAGCUGCAAUACUACUUAUGCAAAAACCACCGCCACAAAAGGAAGACAUAGAUACACUAAUGAUGGUAGUGCCUUACUAUAAACAACGUAUCGCGGGAAAGUCAUUACCCAUGGAAAAGUUUGCAAUUAAAAAAGCAGAACGUUAUUUUAGUCAAAAGAAAAAUCUCGUCCUUCCUAUGUUUGAACUUAUGUAUCUGUGGAAUUUAUUUCGCGCACUGGGCAAACGGCAAGAUUUAAUAAUGAGUAUAUUCAAAGUAAUCGAAGGAACUGAAAAGGAACUUGCAAACAAAUCGAAAGCUGAAUUUCACGCGGAUAAUGAGGCGCUCUUGUUGCUUCUGAAGGGCGCUUGUUUACGGCAAAUGAAACAUCCUUUGUUAGCCGAAAAUUGUUUGAAACGCAUCCUCGAGAUGGACAAAUUGAUCAAGGAAGACACCUAUUUACUUCCUUAUGCAACAGUAGAAUUAGCUUUGUUAGCACAAGAUCAAGGAAAUAUUCAACUUGCUAUCGAACUUUUAGAGGACGCUAAAAAGAAUUUUUCUGGAUACCUGCUAGAAUCCAGGUUGCAAUUUAGAAUUCAUUCCGAUUUGAUGCAAUUGACUGGAAAGAGAGCCGAAGAUAUUUUAGAAUAAUAGUAUCUGAAAAAUGUGUUUUCUGUAAGAACAAUUCAUUGCUGUCAAUAGCAUUGCUAUUGCUGAUU